CACGCUCCUCCUCCUCCGCCUCUCCUCCUCCUCUUCCUCUUCCCCCCCGUCCUCUCCUCCCCAUCCACCCAUGAAGCAUGCCAUGAAGUGGGCUUCCAAGCAAGAACCCCCCGACGACCACCGCACGCGGCCCCUCCGCAUGUUCAAGCACUCGAAGAAGGACGACGACUCCACCCAACCCCACCAACCGCCCGCCCUCAGUCCCGUCCUCCACGACGUCUUCUCCCCCCGAUCCCCUUCACGCAAGACCUUCGACGACUCCGCUACCCUCGUAGAGGACUCCAAGCAGGGCUGGCUCAACAAAGCCGUCUCCUCAACCGCCCCCGUCCCCGACUGGCGUCUCCACAGAGCCCUCCUCCGCGACGCGACCCUCCUCCUCUUCCGCCCUGAAAUCGGCGUCCGAGCCUUCGACUAUGAUCCCGCCGUCACCACCCCACUCCACACCUCCUCCACGCGUCAUCCCCAGCUCGUCGUCGCUGACAAUGGCCUCAUCCUCGCCGGCUCCGUCGAGGCCAUCUGCCACGAAAUGCUCUUCGGCCCUGAUCCGGCGUUUAUAACCGACGCCCUCCUUCUCCUUCCCCUUUGGACCGAAAUCGCUCCCGCCUACGCCCUCAUCGUCCGCCUCGCUGCCAUCGAGCAUCCCCAGCUCCCUGACAGAGUCGCCCUCAUCCUCAGCGUCACCAUCUCGCAGCUCUCCUCCUUCCUGCUCGACGAUGACAUCUACGCCUCCCUCACCGCUCUUCUCGACUUUCUCGACCCCAAAAAACUGCCCCUCAUCAAACUCGACAUGUCCGAAAAGCGAAGUAUGCUCCAGGGCAUGCUCCGCUACACGCCCUCCCUCGCCUCGGCUGCUCCCGCCCCUUCACCUGACGCGCCGCAAUACAACGAGUUCCGCCACGGCCUCUCAGUCGAUUCUUUCAUGACCGUCGAUCUCGAAGUCCUCGCCGCCCAGAUCCACCUCUUCGAUCUGCGCAUAUUCCGCUUCUGGUCUCCUGUCAGCGACUUCUCUCUGCUCAUGGGGCUCAGGUACGACUGCUGUCGCCGCAACCCUUUGAUCUCUACCCCGGCACACCCCCAUUUCCUUGGUGCAACAAUGAUCCGCCAUCUCUUCCCCAUCAAUUCUCCCUCCACCAACCCUGUCGCGCGUGCAAACAUCAUCGCCCGCUGGAUCGCCUUGGGCAACAGUCUCAAGCAGCGUGGAGAUAUGGUCGGCUGGCUCGCAAUCGCAAGCGUCAUCUGCUCUCCUGCCAUCUGCCGACUUAGAGAAAUGUGGGCUCUCGUACCUUCCGAUCUCACCGGUAUUAUUGCGCGUGAUUGGGCCCCUGUCGUCAUCGAUCUCGACAGACGCGUCGUUGCUUCCGACUCUUCUUCGCGUCAGGAGAGCUCUCAUAUUCUGGCCCCAGAUGGAAUCGGGAGAACUUACCGAAAAGAGUCUGUCGUUCCUUACUUUGGCGAUAUUGGUGUUCACUAUCUUGACAAAAUUGCUGAAGUCAAUAAGGAACUCUCCCGUAUUCGCAAAUCUCUCGAACGCUGGACAAAAUACUACGACUCGAUUCGAAAUGUUGAUGGAAUGCCUGAACUGGAACAGCCCAUUCCCGCUCUGCAGGAAUGUCUAUACUCGCUCUACAACUUCAACUUCAACUCGUCUCCUCUCUCUCCUCUCGUGCUCAUGGAUCUAUCCAUUGCCUGUGAGCCGUCUGGUGGAACAUACUCCAAGCACUAUCUCGCUCAAAAGUCUCCUCUCUCAAAUGGAUCGUACUCUGCAGUUCUGUUUACAGAAGUCCUCGCCUCUUAUAAGCUGUUUGCGCAGAAGGAUCUUCUCGAAGCUGGUGGCCUGCUCAAUCACAAAAACUCAUUCCCGCCGUUACGCGUAGGAAAUAUUCACAUCACUGGAUUUUCCGAGCUGGAUACAACCUCACGAAACCGCGUGGCCGCUUUCCCUCAUCGCAAUGUGUUUGUUACUGGAGUGAGAGAUGUUCUCAACGUGGGAGUCAGCCUCUAUCAUAUCCGUCGCGAGCUGGUGCUCAAGUCGUUCAAGGAGGAGACUUCGCGCGGGUCUCCGGCCAUCAACGUUGUCACCAAAGCUGCCACGUUUGAACGACUCGUGGAUAUUCUUGUGCUGGGUUUUGGAACGAUCGUGCCAUUACAUAUGGAUAUGGAUGUCUACACUGCAACCUUCUUCGCGACUUACAAGAACUUUGCUUCUCCAGGACUACUACUCGAUGCACUGCGUCGUCGAUUUAUCGGUGCUCGUGCGGCCUCUAUUUCGCUGGCAAAGGGUGCUUCUCAUGAAACAGACAAGUUCCCCGACUGGCAGCGGAAGGUCGAGAAGGAGGACGAGGAGGAUGCAGAGAAGGACAGUGGUGUUGACAUUGUUGCUGUUGCGAAGAUUCACGUCGGCGUUCUGGAGGCUUGCAAUAUCUGGACUACAGACUACUUUGCCGAUCUUGUGAACGAGAUUCAGCUCCGAGAAAAUUUCCUGGAGUUUUUGCAGAUUGUCGACAAGGAGACUGCAGACUGGCUCAUCUUGGCAGAGCAGGAUGAGAAGUUGACUGGAUACGCAGAUACAAUCGACUCUCUAUCGCGCAAGCUGAGGAAGACUGUGGUUAGAAAGUCGUAUCGUCCACUCGAUUUCUCGCCUUGGCCGUACGUUCCAUCAGCUGGUGCAUCGGUUGGUCAGUUCAAAUUCCCAGACGCAUCAAAUGAGAGCAUUAACAACUUUUGCGACCUGGUGGACGACGUCGUUGCUAUUAUCUUCAAGCAGAUCAAGCUUCGCGACUGGCUCUCAGUGUACGAAGUCUUUGCUACUCAGACGAUUGAUCCGCUGAAAAUGUUCUCAGCUCGAAAUCUGACAGUGGCGACCGAGGAGGAGGUUGUUAUCCAGGACAUCUUCAGUUUCUGCGCGACGCUGCACAGUUACAGAAAUGACGAGCUCAUGGUUUCGCUAUUGCCAAAACCAAUCAAGAAGCUUUACGCGUUCCGAAUGAACUUUGUCUCCUGGAUUACGAUGCAUGUUUCUGAUCCGGCAAUCAAGCGAACAACUCGUAUCCGUCGCAUGAAGACUCUGCUGAACGCGGUUGCAAUCUGCAGAAGGCGAAUGAGUAUCAUCGAGUUUGGAACGCAGAACCAGUAUGCACGACCAGACUCUGGCGAGGAAGAGAUGAUUGUGCCAUCGCUCAUCGAGUCUGCUAUCGGUGCUGCGAUUGUGAGACCCGAAAGUCGUGCUUAUACUGCGGCGUGGAUAUACGCUGCUCGUGAGGCGACUGGGAACAACGACAUCAAUGCUGUGAAUACUUUGGAGGAGAUUAUUCCCAGCAUGGCCCCGGUCGCGGACGAGAACUUGAAUAACAGGUACUCGAACGCGACCAUUUCGGACCCCAUCGAGCCCUUGACUCCGUGCAUGGGAUGGAUCUUUGAGCGCAUCUUUGAGAUUGUGUGUUAUGUUCCAAACAUGGCUAUUGAGAACCCUCUGAUGAUCAAUUUCGACAAGCAGCGCUACAUCUACAAUCUUCUCAGCAAUGUGGUGGAUCUGAAGCCCUCGCGCAGGAGUGCGAUGAUGGUUCAGGAGACGCCUGUGGCUGCGCUCAUGACUUCUGACCUUUCGAACGGCAGAUUUGACAAGAAACAUGUCAAAGAGGUUGCUGCUCGCGAAGCAAAGGAGUUGAAGAUAGCCUCGAAGACUCCGAAGGCGUUCAAUACAUUGGUUACUGCCGAGCUCAACAAGGUCCGUCGCGACGCGCGUCAACGCGAUACUCUCGACCGUAUAUCAAGAGAGCAAGCACGGGCGCACGGAUCUGCCGCCUAUCGUCAUAGCAACAGCAGUACGCAUAGCAUGUCGAGUGGCAAAUCCAUGCUUGGAGGUUUCUUACGCGCUGUGAGGCCUAUCUCGAUGGCGUUCUCAAACUCGCAGCCGCAGCAGCCUGAUCGGUCCAUCUCGGCGAUGGAACUUCCUGAUAGUUCUUCUAUGGCAGAAAGCUCUUCUUCCAGAAGUCACAAGCCUAUUUUGAGCAUCAAUCUUAUGUUUGCUAUCACUACCAUCCCGUCUGAUAUGCAGGGCAUGGGUGUUUUCAAGAUUAUUUGUGACGAUGGGUCCGACUAUUUGUUCCAGGCUACGACUGCAGAAGAGCUCGAAGACUGGGUUAAGCUGUGCUCAGUCGCAAGAGCUUCUGCGCUUGGAAAGGCAGGAAAGACACCUAUCAUUGGUGGUGAGGUAAACGAUGAGCCUCCUGCUGAAACCAAGGUGUUUGGAGUGCCGAUCGAAGAGCUUUGCGCGAGGGAGAAUAAGCUUGUGCCGACUGUUGUUCAGACUUUGUUGGAUGAGAUUGAAAGCAGAGGUCUUGAGGAAGUUGGUAUUUAUCGAGUGCCAGGAUCUCAGACUGACGUUCGUGCGCUGAGAAAAGAGUUUGACUUUGGCCACAAAGUGAAUAUGGCGGACGAGCGUUGGUUUGAUAUCAACAUUGUUGCCGGAUGCUUGAAGAUGUACCUUCGAGAGCUGCCAGAGUCUAUUCUGACAACUGAACGGUUUUCCACGUUCACGUCGAUUGCGAAAAUUCCAAAUGAGGAUGAGCAGAUUGCUCAGUUUGCAAUUGCUGUUCGGAAACUUCCUAGCUGCAACUACCAUCUUCUCAAGCGGUUGAUUGAGCAUCUUUACAUUAUAUCUCUGUCUGGAGACGUUAAUCGGAUGCACGCCGUGAACCUUGCGAUUGUGUUUUCGAUGUGUAUGCUUCCAAACAACGACGCGCUAGGAAUGACGUCGGAGUUUGGACUGAUUCAGAGCAUGUUGCGGACGAUGAUUACUUCUUCCGACCGGAUCUUUGCAAAUGAACUGUUCCCUGGAGUUAUUUUCCCUCGCGAUCGCAGUUUGAGGGGGUCCAUCAGCACAAGAGGAUCGGCUAGUGUGCGCGAAUCGAUUAUGACACGGGCGUCACCGAGUAUGAGAGGAUCGCCGAACUUGUCGCAAACGAUCGAUACACCGACGAGAGAGCCGACUGCGGCUGAGAUUGAGAAGGACAUGGAUACUACGACUGAGAUCGAGGGAAGCUCGGUGCGGUCGGAGAUUGUGUCUGAAAUGCAAUCUGAGUUUAGUUCUGAUUUUGCGUCGGAGCCUGCUUUGGAGCCGGAGCUCGAGCCUUCGGUGGCCACCAGCUUCCAGUCGAAGGAAGAGCCUGCUGCAGAGAGCAGAUAUGCUGUUGAUGACGAAGUUGAAGAGGAAGACAAAGAGGACGAAGCGGUGUACGAUGGUACAGAGGUCGAAGGUCAGGCGGGCGAUGAUUCGGACUGGCAACAAACGGGAAUCGCGAUUGUCGCCGAGUCGCCCGAGUCCGAAGUCGAGCCUCGGAUGUAUACAAAGAGCGAGGUGGCAUACAAGGAAGUGACCGACAAGAUACCCGUCCCCAAACCGACUUACACCGCGACAUCUUCUGAAGAGUCCGUUGCAACUUCUGCCGAUAACGAGGUGCAGCAUCUGAACGUGACGAGCAGCAGCAGCAACAACAGCGUUGCACCUCUACGUCCGCGCGCGCAAAUCCGGUCCGAGACGGUGGACACGACGAGUCAGAAAGACGGGCCGACGAAGCGGAAUAGUUCGCAGGAGGUCAGCGUUUUCUAAGUCUGUUGCUUGAAGACUUGUGAGAUUUCGAGAUGAAUUACGAUUUGAUACGAAAAGCGGUUGGAUUUUUACCUUGAAUUUGAGUUGCGAGUUGGUGCUCUUCUUUUGUUGUGUUUAUAUUAUUCUUUUGUGUGCGUAAAAAAAAUCUUUUUGUUGUUGUUGUUGUUGUUGUUUGUGUUUUUGUUGGGUUACUCUCCUUUUAUGAUUUGAAUCUCGUUCUGUUUUGAGUAUUGUUUGGCGCACCACGUCGUUUGAAAACACAGACGUGUUUUAUAUAUAUGUUAGUACACUUGUUAAAAUUUGAGGCCUUUUUUUUGAUAACUUAAGAUCCACAGAGAAGAGCUCUUGAUGGGGUGCGAUAGUGUAGUUCGUAUUGCGGCAGAAGAAAGU